ACGGCUCGUUUCUAGGUCCUUCCCAAGGCGGAAGUUUUAGGAUUUGAUGUACUCGGGCACAGAGAUUGGGAAAUCAAAGGCAAGACGAUUAAAACGGCAGCUCCAACGUCAGUCCCCUCAGACUUGCAGGUUUCUGACGUCCAGAGCUUAUGCUUAUUCGGGAAUCCCGACUCCAGUUUUCGGGAUCAAGAGAAACACGGACCAAAUAUCGAGCUAGCCCCGCGGAUCCGAAGGGAACCUUCCUUCACCGGAGCCACGAGCGCCCUGGCGCGGAGCAUCAUGGGGCCAGUAGUCUCUCUUCUAGAGAACUACGUAUCCCAUAAGGCAGCGGGCCCAAACGGCUCCCUUUCAAUGAACUUUAUUUGUCAGAGUGCCCUGCGGACAUUUCGGAAGGGGCGGGGGCCGCGGGGGCCGCGGCGGCAGCAGGAGUAGUGGCGGCCGCGCGAUUGCUGCCGCUGCUGCCGGGUCGGGGGCGGUAAGAUGGCGGACGGGUUUGGCGGCAAAGAGAAAUGCGGCGACCAGCGGCUGAUUUCACUGCCUUUGUCUCGCAUUCGGGUGAUCAUGAAGAGCUCCCCAGAGGUGUCCAGCAUCAAUCAGGAGGCGCUGGUGCUCACGGCCAAAGCCACGGAACUCUUUGUUCAGUAUCUAGCCACCUAUUCCUAUAAACAUGGCAGUGGAAAAGAGAAGAAAGCACUUAUUUACAGUGACUUAUCAAAUACUGCAGAAGAAUCGGAAACCUUUCAAUUUCUUGCAGACAUAUUACCAAAGAAGAUUUUAGCCAGCAAAUACCUGAAAAUGCUUAAAGAAGAGAAAGGGGAAGGAGAAGAAGAUGAUGAUGAUGAUAACGAUGAUGAGGAAGAUGAAGAUGAUGACAGUGAGGAUGAAGAAGCUGAAUCUUAAAAUAAAAAUUAACACUUAAUAAUUAACCUAAAUUGUGCUACCAGCGCUACUUCUGCACUUGGUCCCCUUUCUCCUAAACUAAAUACAGAGUUACUAAAUUUUAUCCCGAUAACUUUUCUGUGACUCCUACUAGAUCAUAUUAUUUUUAGUGUAUUAUAUUUUAUUCAAUCCAUCUAUCCACUUCAGCCAGAGGAGCAAGUAAAAAGAAAGCCUCUAAUAUACAUUACUUUUCAGGGUAUCACUAAGCUGUAUAUUUAUUCUAAUGUCUUGUUGAUCUUAUUUGAUGCUGAACUUCUACACUCUUCAGGGAAACAAACAUGAAAUGUUUUUCUCUUUCAUUAAUUAAUAUAGGUUUAAGUUCUAGUGAUAGUAAAUGUAAAUUAAUAUAUGUAUAUUGUGAAAUUAUUUCUCUUGGGGACCACAUUCAUUUUCAGUUGAAUAUGUAGUUUAUUUUCAGUUAAAUAUGUAGUACAUAGUAUAUUACAUAUUAAUUUCUGUAUAGCAAGAAAUGUUUACUGUUUGAUAAAAGAGUGCUUAUUUUUUUUACUGUAAAGAUUUUUGAUUCUGUAUUUUAAAAAAAAAAAAAAUUGUACAUAUUUCUUCCAAUAAAAUAGUUCAGAAAUCAGAUCA